AUGUUAUCCGCCUUUAAGCCGCGGCCGCUCGUCGAACUCAAGCAACGCGACAAAUCCAAGAUCGAAUCCAUCCUCGCAUACGGCGACCGUCUACUUGUUGGACUUAACAAUGGCAAUCUCAGGGUAUACAGAAUCAACGAAACAGCAGCAGCCGCGAACGAAAGAAGUGGCCACGCGCCCGAAAACGCAGCAGCCAAAGACGAUAAUAACCAAGGCGAUGACGACCGUCUAGAGACGUCUGCUGCCGUGAACUCGACCGAGCUUUUGCGAGAACAGGACAAGUUUACGCGUUACAAGACGGAGCAGCUUGCUUUCAUCAAAGAAGCAAAUAUCCUGGUCGUACUAGCUGGUGGUUACGUUUCGUUGCAUGAUCUACAAAGCUACGAAUUACAGGAACAACUAUCCAAAAGCAAAGGAGCGAGCACAUUUGCGGUGACUUCGAAUGUCAUCAAUGACGUAGAGACCGAUCUUCCAUCGAUUGUUUCGCGCCUAGCCGUCGCUGUGAAACGCAAGAUUCUCCUCUGGACAUGGCAGGACAUGGAACUGAGCUCCGACGUGACCGAGAUCACCCUCGUUAGCGGAAUCAAGACACUGACAUGGAUCUCGGGAACGAGACUAAUAGCGGGCCUAAGCUCGAACUAUGUUUUGGUCGAUAUCGAGACGAUGGAAACAAGUGACAUUGUUGGACCAGGAAGUAUUGGCGGUGGUCCUGGCCAGGAAUCGAGUAGACUAGGAGGGGUUGGCGUUGUUAGCAUGAGUUACAUUGGAAUGGGCGGCUCGGCACCCAGACCUCUAGCGACACGGCUAAGUGAAGGGCAGGUCUUGCUCGCAAAGGAUGUCAACACACACUUCAUCGACAGUGACGGCAAAUCGUUGGGGAAACGACAGAUACCAUGGAAUACUGCCCCCGAAGCCCUUGGAUACUCAUAUCCAUACUUGCUCGCCCUGCAGGAACCUUCCAAAGGCACAUUAGAGGUUCGAAAUCCCGAUACAUUGUCUCUCCUCCAGUCCAUUUCUUUACCCUCGGCCAGUCUGCUUCAUAUACCACAUCCAAACAUAAGCUUAGCGCAUGCUGGGAAAGGCUUUCUGGUAGCCAGCGAUCGGGUCAUUUGGAGAAUGGAGGCUCUCAGCUACGAUAAUCAGAUUGACGGACUAGUUGAAAACGGGCAUCUAGACGAGGCAAUUAGCCUCACCACCAUGCUUGAGGAUGCUCUUUUGACGAAUAAAGCAGGCCGAUUACGUGAAGCUCGGUUACAAAAAGCACAGAAGUUAUUUGAUUCUCGAAAGUACCGCGAAGCUCUUGACCUGUUUGCGGAAGUCUCUGCACCCCCAGAAAUCGUCAUAAGACUAUAUCCGAAGGUCAUCGCAGGGGACUUGUCGGCCUUUGAGGAAGACUCAGAGCAAUCAAGUGAAGAAGAAGCCCCUACAACCCCAAAGCGGCAGAGUGGAAUAUAUGCACAGACGGAUGGGCCCGUUUUAGAUGCUGUGUCCCCUGCUAAAGCACCUGCCUACGCCCCGUCUCUUACUUCGUUCCUACGCCCCAAAGGUGAGGAAGGGAGCGAUGAUGGCAGUGUUAGAGGGAAGUCCAGUGAGAAUUUGGACGCGAACAAACGUUUGAAAGGAAAAGAUCUCAAAAUGGCAGUGCGCGAGCUUCAAGGUUAUCUAGCAGACGUCAGGCGCCGAUUCCAAAGAUUCCUCAAUGCAGAUGGCACAUUACGUAUUGAAUCUCUGCAACAUGAUGGUGCAAACGACGAGUUCCAAGAAUCUGUACUCAUGUUGCUCGGCUUGUCACAAAAUGUUGAAAGCGUUGAAUUCGCGGAAAAACUACGUGAUAAUGCUAAAUUGGUCGAUACAACGCUAUUCAGAGCGCACAUGUAUGCCACGCCUUCUUUAGCCGGCUCUCUAUUUCGCAUCGCUAAUUUCUGUGACCCUGACGUGGUCAUGGAGAAGCUGGAAGAGAACGGUCGAGACACAGAGCUGAUCGAUUUCUACUACGGCAAAAAAAUGCAUCGUCGCGCCUUGGAAUUACUCCUCAAAUUCGGCCAAUCAAAGGUUGAAGACGAAGAAGAUAACCCUGCAGCAGCCUUACUUCAGGGGCCGAAACGGACUGUCGCUUAUCUACAGCAUUUAUCGUCUGAGUACAUUGAUCUCAUUCUUGAGUUUGCAGAAUGGCCUAUACGUGAAGACGCCGAACUUGGCAUGGACAUAUUCUUGGCUGACACUGAAAAUGCCGAGACGCUCCCUCGACAUCAGGUCGUCGAGUUUCUUAAGAAGAUUGAUGUUGCCCUCGCAAUUCGGUAUCUGGAACAUGUGAUUGACGAGCUGAAUGAUUUGAGCCCUGAUCUGCAUCAGAUGCUACUACAGCUCUAUCUGGAACGGUUAAAGAACUACAAGGCCAAAGCAGGGACAGAGAAAGCGAAUGUCGAUACUGACGAUAUUUAUCUUUCAUGGAAGACAAGAUUUCUGGAUUUUCUGAAGUCAAGUCCUCAAUACUCUCCAGCUAAAAUGCUAAAUCUUCUUCCGCGAGAAGAUCCCGAUUUCUACGAGGCUAGGGCAAUAGUGUUGAGUAAGAUGGGACAGCAUCGACAGGCGCUAGAAAUAUAUGUUUUCAAAUUGGAGGAACAUGGAAAAGCAGAAGAAUAUUGCAAUCACAUUCAUAUCACGGAAGAAACAACAACAGCUGAGGUCGCGCCAUCCCAGCGCCUGGCACCCACCGAUGCUGAUAACACCAAACCCACAAUAUACCUGACAUUGCUGUCUCUCUAUCUUUCUCCUCCGCAUGGCUACAAGGCGCAGUAUGGCCCAGCAUUGGAUAUACUAGCCAGACACGGCUCUCGGCUGCCCGCGAAUUCCACACUCGACCUGAUUCCCGAGGGUAUUGCCGUGCGAGAACUGGAGUUCUACUUCCGCAACCGAAUUCGUGCUGCCAGCUCAAUUAUGAACGAGGCACGUGUCGUAGCCAAUUUGCAGAAGGCGCAGAAUAUUAAGAUGCAAGCUCAGCUUCUGGUUGGAGAGGGCCUUGCAGACGAUAACAAAGCCCGGAGUCGACAUGUGACAAUUACCGAAGAGCGCGCCUGCGGUAUUUGCUAUAAGAGAUUGGGCGGCAGCGUUAUCAGUGUCUUCCCAGAUAACAAUGUCGUUCACCUGGGUUGUGCGAAUCGUUUGAAGUCGACCAAAUAA